AUGAACCUGAAAACCAUUGUUUGUGGUUUUCCUGUGAGCGCCCGUUUCCCUGCAGGCAAGGGGGCACCCAUCACAGCCUCCCGCUGUGCUGCACCCCAGCACCCCGCUCUUCGGCUCGUAGGCGUGGAGGGCGGCGGGCCCCUGCCACCAUCUCAGCUGCCCCCCAUGUCCACCCAGGGACUGACUACUCCGUUGCUUUUUCAACAGCACGUUUAUUUCUUCCCCACGUUUUACUUCGCAUACAUACAAGUGCUGCUCGUGGAAGAAAAAGAAGCUGAUGGUGUGGUUACAGUGCAAACUGGAGAUCUGCUGCCAUGUAGGAUUUGUGGAAGGACUUUCUUUCCAGCAGCAUUGAAAAAGCAUGGACCCAUUUGCCAAAAAACUUCUGCCAAGAAAAGGAAGACAUUUGAUUCCAGCCGACAGAGAGCAGAAGGAACUGACAUUCCCACAGUAAAACCUCUUAAGCCACGGCCAGAACCACCCAAAAAACCUUCCAACUGGAGACGAAAGCACGAGGAAUUUAUAGCAACUAUACGAGCAGCCAAAGGACUUAAUCUUAAAGAUGGUGGAAAACUCCCUCCACCACCUCCACCAUCAUAUGACCCUGAUUACAUUCAGUGUCCGUAUUGUCAGAGGAGAUUUAAUGAAAAUGCAGCUGACAGACACAUCAAUUUCUGUAAGGAACAAGCAGCACGUAUUACUAAUAAGGGGAAAUUGGCAGCUGAUACCAAAGGGAAGCUUCCUACUCGAACACAGUACAAACCUGCUGCAGUUAAGAAGAUGCCUUCUGUAGGAUCAACACUAUCAUCAUCAUCAUCACGCUUACCACAGCCAAGUGGUGUUAGCAAAACUGUUGUAGGUGCCUCUUCAAGUAAAGCACUGUCUUCAUCUGGAUCCAGUGGGAGCAAAAUUCAGACAUUAUCACCAGCUCAUAAAAACUCAUUGGGAAUGGUGAAUGCACAAGCAGGUAAGAUGGACAAGUUAGGCCCACCACUGCGAACUGGAAGAGAUGUGCAAAGGUUUUAUGACACUGAUACAAAAACAGACAGUACCAUCAAAAGACCAAAUGAGUUGUUGCCUAUAAAGAAAGGCGCAACAAAAACACGGACAUCAACCCCUCCUAGUGUGGCAAGAACCAUGAGCACGGGUGCUCUAACAAACAAAAGAAAAACUAGCAAUUCAGACAGUUACUCAAGGUCUGACGGUAAAAUUGGGUAUGACAGUGGAGACUACCCAUCCUCAGUCAAUGGAGGAAGUUCAAAAAGCAGUGAAGGAAAUUCACCUGUACAGUUAUCAAAGUUCUGCCAUGAAUGUGGAACAAGGUAUCCAGUGGAAUGGGCAAAGUUCUGCUGUGAGUGUGGAAUUCGAAGAAUGGUUGUAUGA